GAAUAGUUUUAACGUCUCGCGCAUGUGCAGAAAAUGCAUCGGAAUUAGUAAAAGCAUCGGAACAAUUUCGCGCGCUUUUUUGACAGUGUUUUUUUUUAAAGUGUUGUUUUGAAAUGUGACAGUGAUUUAAAUUUGGAAUUUGUUAUAACAAUUUUCUCUUCAUUUAUUUAGGGGCGUCGAAUGUGUAACAUUACAUAAUGGGCCAUAAGCAAUACUUGGCCGUGGGCCAGUCGGCCCGGAACCGGCUCUUCGGGAUACCUAACAAGAAACCAGUGCCGCUGAACAUGUUGAUAUCGCAACAGGGGAAGUUAAAUCAUGGUCGCCUCGCAGUGAUAACGUUCAGCAUAUGCACAGUGGUUCUAGGGGUGAUACUAUCCUUCGUGCCCUGGCUCGAUUAUAUAAUAUUUAGGGAAUUGAAACUAUGGAAUGGCUCACUGAGCUACAGCUACUGGCAGCGUCCUGGCGUGAUGAGGCUUACCAAAGUGUACAUCUUCAAUGUCACGAAUCCUCAAGGAUUUUUGGAGAACGGUGAAAAGCCUAAGCUGAAUGAAGUCGGACCGUUUGUUUACAGGGAAGAUAUGGAAAAAGUAAAUAUAAAGUUUCAUGAUAACGACACGGUGACAUAUCAACAUAACAAGAUUUUAAGAUUCGUACCGGAAUUAUCCGUAGACAAGACACAGAAACUGGUCGUACCAAACAUACCGCUUUUGACAGUCACCUCAUUCUCCCCAAACCUCGCUGGCUGGCUGUUCAACUUGCUCGUUUCGGGCUUAGCGAUAACAUACAGGGAACGAGCUAAGCCGUUCGUUCAUGUUACAGCCGAAGAACUCGUAUUUGGUUACAAUGACCCUCUAGUCACUCUCGCGCACUAUUUCUACCCCAAGGGAAAACGACCAAACAGUCAAAUGGGACUUUUGCUCGCCAGGAACGGAACACUGGACGAAGUAUCGACGAUUUACACCGGUCAGGACAUGGAGAAGUUCGGAUACUUGGACAAACUUAAUGGCCUGGACCAUCUACCAUACUGGCCUGAGAGUCCUUGCAAUAACAUAAGAGCGUCUGAAGGUUCAUUCUUCCCCCCAAAACUGAUAGCGAAGAACGAAAUCAUCUACGUGUACGACAAAGACUUGUGCAGGAUCAUGCCUCUUAAAUUCAGGAAAACCGUUUACAAAGAAGGCAUACAAGCAGGUCUUUACACACCGCCGAGUAAUUACUUAGAAAAUGCAGAAGUGAAUCCAGAAAAUAAGUGCUAUUGUCAAGGGGAGAAGUGCCCACCAAGGGGGUUGCAAAACAUAAGCCCAUGUCAAUAUAAUGCACCAGUCUACUUAUCUUACCCCCAUUUUUAUGAUGCUGAACCGUCACUUUUAGAAGCCUUCGAAGGUCUCAAGCCAGAUAAGAAAAAACAUGAAAGCUAUGUUUUAUUACAACAAAAAAUAGGAGUACCAAUCGAAGCUCAAGUGAGGGUUCAACUCAACCUGAAAGUGGACCAGGCUCCAAAUAUCAGGGUCAACAAUAUCCACAAAUUUCCCGACAUCAUAUUCCCUGUGAUGUGGGCGCAAGAAGGUAUUGAUGGCAUCCCAACUUCAAUAUGGAAGUGGAUUUUCUUGGGUACAACGUUUGGUCCAAUCGUAGCACCAAUUAUAUCAUAUUCGUUAAUAAUAAUAGGUCUCGCGAUAUUAAUAAAAGUAUUCAUAAAAGCGUACAAAAGUUUUGUCAUAGGACAAAACUCUUUAGAAAUUGUAGAAUUAGGACGUGAAACUAUAAGGCGCGGUUCGACGCUCAUAAUAAACAGUUCGCACAAACUUUUACCCAACAAAGAGGCGUCAUACCAACCUUUGAACCAAUCCAACCCAAAUAUUCCUCAUGGCAGUCGAGAAGAAAAAUUACAAGAAUUAAAUUUUAUAAAUCGAUCAGAUAAUAUCAGUACCAGUAUUGACGAACUGAAAUCAAUACUGAAUAGAGAUUUCGUCAAAGCGAAUUUCACAGAAACAGAACGAGAAUCAUUAAUACAUUCGGAUAACACUUUCAUUAUGUCCGAACAUCGUCGGAGUAGGAUAUACAAAGUAACUGACAGUUAUUAGUAAUUAAUUUUGAGCUUCCAAUGAACAAAAAUGUUUUUUAUGACUAAUUCGUUAAUCGUUACCUCUUCUCGUUUACAUUUUUGACAUUUGACGGUAAUCUGUAAAAAUGACGUUUGAUAUAUUUUGAACAUUAUCUAUGUGUUGACUUUUUUAAAAUCAAGGCAAAGAUUUGACAUAUUGAAUGUAAAUUAUCGUCGUUUCUUUGCACAAAAUAUGUUUUGUGUUGAGAUUCGCUGUGUUCGAAAUGUAUAACGAAUACUGUAAUUGUGAAAUUGUCAAAUUGUAUUUUGACAAAUACGUAUGGUAAGUAUUUUUUUAUUAGUUAUAAAAUAUUGCUCAAUUGGAAACGAUUAGAAUUUACCAAAUAUUAAUGAUUGACUGUAGUAAUAACAUAAAGAAUAUACUUCAUUUAAUCUUAUUACAUUUAUUUAUAUAUUUUCAUACAUAAUAUAUAUUAAAAAUAAUUACAUAUUUAUAGACUACACUUAUAACAAUCAAAAGAUCAGAAAAAAAAAACAAAUUUAUUUUCAUUUUUUUAAAUAAUAAUUUUACUUUUAAAAUUCGAACAACAGAAAAAAAUAAUUGUAAUUAUAUUUUUUUUUAUUUAGUGAAGUUACCAAGGCCAUAACAGGGAUCAAUUCAACUAAUUUAUAUCAGUAACGAUACGUUUAUUCAAUCCAACUUCGAAUAUUCUAUAUCUGUUUAGUACUUAACCUAUAUACCGUAAUGUCAAAACAUAAUUAUUACCGUAAUAUAUCGAUAUUUAUAAUGGCAAAACAUUACGUUUCAAUUAUUCGACAAAGUGAUAAUUUGUUAGUAAAUUUUUCCCCAGUAUAUUGAAGAUAAAUAACAGUUCUACUUUAUUAUGACAAAAUAGAUAAAUAUGAUUAACUUUGACUCUGACUUAAGACUUAUUAAUAAAAUGUAAAAAUAACAUAAUUAUUUAAUAAUAAAAUAGUUUACUUUUGGGGUGACCAAGCAAUCCAAAUUUUAUAUAUAUAUAUGUAUAUAACAAAAAAUAUACAGAAAGUUAGUUUGACGUUAUAAUAAUAUCCAAUAUUGAAUUUAAAUGACAAUACAAUUUACAGUAAUAUAUUAAUUAGUAUUUUAUAAUAUAAAUAUAUAUUAUCUGUGUAUAUAUUAUCUGUCAUCUCGGGUGACACACAUCGCGGAGCGCGGGAAAAUACAAUGGCGGAUAUUGUAUGUGAAGAACGCGCGAAGUGAAGACGGUGUGUGUGCAUAGCAAGCUGAUAUAAAAAAUAUAAUAAAUCUUAUUUAGUUUGUAAUACCGACCUUACGUCGUGCAUUAAAGUGUAAACAUUACAGUGGCCAUCGUCAGCGUUUUAGCUAAGGCGCAACCUUUAAGGCAAUUUGCGAGCUCACAAAAAACCACUGCAGUACAGGCACACAUAAAAUACUUGUAUCCAGUGCUGUUCAUGACUGCUAGCUACGUAGCUGGCCAUCAUAUCGAUGAAAGUGAUCACUAACGCUCCACAAUUAUUUUUUAUUCUAAAUAUUCCUUAUAACAUCGAAUCUAAAAUUAGUUAGAUCCCAAUCCAUUAAACAAUAUGUAAAAGAUAUUUCCAGAUAUCAGAUAUUAAUAAAAUAGAUGAUAAUGAAAAUAGUCUCCUUAUUAAUUUCUUACUUAUCUUAUAUAAAAACAAUUCAUCAGCUAUCAUCACUAUCAGCAACGAAACAUUUUUGUCAUAUAUUUCGACAUCUUCUUCCCGUCAAUAUAUGUGGUCUUUGUAAAAUGACAUUUAACAGUGUUGUUGGUUAUCUAGUAAUUGUAUAAUGAUAAUAAUAUUAGAAUUUUCAACAAAAUAUUCGGACUGUUAUAUAUUAAAAAUUUUAACCUUAUAUUUAAAAAGGUGGGGACGGUCCUUGAAAGAUAUUCAUAUCCUUAAAUGUACUUAAAUUGAUUUUUGUUUAUAUCAGUGUUUUUCAACGUUCUUCUCUAAAGAAUAAUUUAAAAUCCUACUUCUUUAAUAUACAAUAUGUAGUCGAAUUUUUACCACAGUUCAACAGAACAAAAAAUACGUAAAUCUUUUACUAUUUAUACGAGUAUAUAAUAUUAUGUACAUUGUAAUUGACAGUUUUUAUAGAAAAUUACCUUAGAAUCAUAGACGUAAAACUUUGACCGUGUUAAUAUUUAGAAUAAUUAAUCAUUAGAAUAUUUUUUACCUUUUAUUAGCAAAUUAAAAAAAUAUAUGAACCGUCUAUAUACAUGUCGAAAAACACUGGUUUCUACUUUUUAAUUGUAAUAAUAUUAGUGGAAUGGCAGUAGAUAUAUUACUGUUUGAUAUAUUUUUCUUCACUAAACAUAGAGUUAACAUAUUACAAAAUAAAGUUACCAAUUAAAUAAUAUAUUUAUUGUAGAAAAUGCUAUAUAUAUUAAGCAUUGUAUAGACGAAAUUAUUUUUGCUUUAAUAUUGCAAAUGUAUUAUUUUUGUUUUAAUUACCUCAUUUAAUAUUGAAGUAUGGACUGUAGGGGUAAUAAGGUCAUAUGUUACUCAAAAAAGUGUCAACUGAAAUGUCUGAUAUAAGGAUUUCAUACUCUUUUUACGUGCUUAUCAAUUGGGAUUCAAAACAUGAUUGAUAUAACAAAUUGAAAAUAUCUCCUUUUAAAGGAGGGCUUCCAAGUAUUAGCGUGUUCCUUUAAAUCUUUGCCAUCUUAAUUUUCGUACAUUUUGAAGAACACCUUUUAUACAGAAGAUAAUUUCAAUUGCCUCUACAUUACACAUAUCGAUCCAGAUUUAGGCAAAAUGCAAUCAAAUUAAUGAUUAGCGAUAACGAUUACAAUACGUAAUCAUUAAUCACGAUUACAGUAUAACCAAAAUAAUCAAGUGCCCCAGAACAGCGCACAAUCAAUCAAUGUUAAUAGUGAUUGAUUGUACACAUUGUAACCGUAAUCGUUCAUCAUUAAUCUGAUUACAUUAUACCCAAGUCUGCCUCGAAAUAUAAACUUAUAAUAAUAUAAUAUAUAUAUUUUUACGUCAAUGAAUAAGUAAUUUAAUUAAAUAAUGACAAAAUGUAUACAGAAAAUUAGUUAAAAUGUAAUGUUUUAAAAAUAAUAAAUUGUUAACAUGAAUUGUUAAAUAACAAAUCUAGGGCUCUUGGGUGUUUUUUUAUUUGCUCAAUUUAUAUUUGUUACAUAAUUAUACUGUUUGUGGUUUAUUUUCAUAAUUAUUUUUUUCGGGUUGUUGUCUUGCAUUUUAUUUAUUUAGCCUAAUUUUUAUUUCGCGCUUUUUUUACGGUGUUGCCACAAACUUUAUAAUAUUGUAAUGUAAAAGCUCAUAUUAAGCUUUAAGAAUAAAGACUUUAGACUAAUAUUAUAAUUAUGUAAAUGGUUUACAUAAGACAUUCCAAUUUUUAUGUAAUUGAGAGGGUAUUAAGGACAUUACUUAGUAGUUUAUACAUAUGAUAAUGUAAAUAAUACUUUAAGGUCAAAAUUUUUGUAUCCAGUACCUUGUUAUAAUAAAAUGUGAAUAUUCAA